AUGACAGCUCAUGUCGAAAACAGGCCCUAUCACGAGGCUUUCAUGCGCGAGGCUAUCAAAAUGGCCGAGCUGGCACUCGCCUCUGACGAGACACCUGUGGGCUGUGUCUUCGUCCACGAUGGAAAGGUCAUCGCCCAAGGCAUGAACGGAACCAAUGUCACCAUGAACGGAACACGCCAUGCCGAGUUCGUGGCUCUGAGUCAGAUCAUCGCUGAGAAUCCGCCUUCGAUUCUCCAGGAGACGGACCUUUACGUCACCGUCGAGCCAUGCAUCAUGUGCGCUUCCGUCCUGCGCCAAUUCCGUAUUCGCGCCGUCUACUUUGGCUGCCUCAACGACCGCUUCGGUGGCUGUGGUGGCGUCAUGCGCAUCUGCGAUGAUCCUGGCGUUGAGCCUGCCUACAAGAUCUUUGGUGGCAUCUACAGAGCUGAGGCCAUCAUGCUGCUCCGUCGCUUCUACGUUCAGGAGAACGAGAAGGCCCCCGAGCCCAAGCAGAAGAAGAACAGAGAGCUCAAGACCGACAUCAUGCCCCUGGUCAACAUGAAGAACCCCGAAGGUUGA